GUCCGGUGGAAGGCGUUCGAGCAGUACGCCGACGACAAGGAGCGCGAGCUGUGGCGCGCGUUCGUCGACCUCGACCGCGACGGCGACAUGCGCCUACGCGCCGGCGAGGUCCGCGAGGCGUGCAGGCGCGCCGGCAUCGAGGUCAAGGAGCAGGCGAUCGACGACUUUGUGCGCGCCGUCGACCGCAACGGCGACGGCUUCAUCUCGUUCGACGAGUGGAGGGACUUCCUCCUCCUCCUCCCUCGGCCCAUCUCGAUGAAGGAGGUGUGGCGCUACUGGCAGGCGAGGCCUCUCGCUCGCCCGUCGAUGAGCCGGCUCACGCAGGACGGCGAUGGUGAGCUCCCUCUUCCUCCCUCUCGGCCCCUCCCUUAUCGUGGACCGGCUGCGGCGGCGCCUUCGUCCGCUCACGAGAACGUGCAUGACGAGGACGAGGACGAGCAUGGGCCGAUGGACGACAUGUUCGCGGGCGCGGGCAAGUUCCUCCUCGCGGGCGGCAUGGCGGGCGCAGUGUCUCGAACAGCGACAGCGCCUUUCGACCGCCUCAAGGUGUACCUCAUCACGUCGGCGACCGGUCCUCCUUGUCCCGACUUGACGGCCGCGGCGGCAAAGGCGGGCAAGAAGCCGCCUCGACCGGGUGCGGGCAGCCUCACCAAGGCGAUCCGGACCGUGUACAACCAGGGCGGCGGCAUCAAGGCCUUCUGGACUGGCAACGGGCUCAACAUCAUCAAGAUCUUCCCUGAGUCGGCCAUCAAGUUCCUGUCGUACGAGUCGGCCAAGCGCGUCUUUGCGCAGUACUGGGACCGUGUGCCCGACCAGACGCUCAUCUCCAACUCGAGCCGGUUCGUCGCCGGCGGCAUCGGCGGCGUCGUCAGCCAGUUCUGCAUCUACCCGAUCGAGUCGCUCAAGACUCGCGUCAUGUCGUCGUCGGGCGGCGGCACCAAGGGCAACGCGCUCAUCCUGCAGACGGCGCGCGACAUGUGGGCCAAGGGCGGGUUCCGCUUCUUCUUCCGAGGCCUGCCGGCCGGCCUCAUCGGCGUCUUCCCGUACUCGGCCAUCGACAUGUCGACGUUCGAGGGCAUCAAGCUCGCGUACAUCAACUGGGCGGGCGAGGAGCCGGGCAUCGCCGGCAGCUUGUGCUUCGGCGCCAUCAGCGGCGGCGUCGGCGCGUCGAGCGUGUACCCUCUCAACCUCGUCCGCACCCGCCUGCAGGCCCAGGGCACGCCGGCGCAUCCG